AUGGCAAGCUCUUUCUAUGGGGAACUAGUCCCGGUGCCGGAAGAAACGCUCUUAGAACCCGAGAAAGGCCGCUCGAGAGGGGAAGGAUUGAUAGCGCGCACUUGCACCUACUUCCAAUUUGUUGAUAAGCACACUGGCCAGUAUGUCGCGCCGCUUUAUGAGCAGGCAACUCCACAGUUUCUUGCCGGAUUGCGAAUGAAGUGUCUUGUGGCGUCCUUGACUGGGCGCUCCCGCAACAUCAUACAGGCGGGCUACUGGGGGGUCGAUUUUGACGACUUACAUUUCGUGCUGAUGGAGAUAGACGGGCUCACGGACAUGACGUGUGAGAAGGCCCAGGCCUGGCGAAAAGGGAAGGAAUAUGUGUUAUGGAUACACACGCGCCACUUCGCAUACGCCCUUCAAGAGCCAGUUGAGCCAUAUCGAGAAACGUGGAACAAGGCGUUCUCCGAUUGGCAGAGGAACAAUGAAGGGCGCCUACGGCAUUUCCGCCCUCUAGAUUGUGCGCGUGGUCAGCCGUCGUGGUGGGUUGGGAAGUUGGAUUGGAGGCAACUAGUGGCCUAUGAGGUGCCGGAGGAGGAAGAAGAAGAAGAGGAGGACGAGGAGGGUGAGGAGGGUGAGGAGGGUGAGGAGGGUGAGGAGGACGAGGAGGACGAAGGUGAGGAUGAAGGUGAGGAUGAAGGUGAGGAUGAAGGUGAGGACGAGGGCGAGGAUGAAGACGGGGACGAGGACGGAGACGAGGACCGCGGCGGUAAGGGUAAGGGUAAGGGUACUCUACGCAGGUCUGGUCGUUCUCAAGCCUCCCAAGGCCAAACGGGUGAGGUCAGGAGGAGCGAGAGGAAGGGUACGGCGAGGGCGGCCAACGAUGCCAGCUCUCCCCCAGUUACUUUGCGUAGGCGGUCGCAACGGACGUCUACGAGCAGGGGUCAAGGUGCUCCGGGCGAUAACGGGGAGCGACCUGCCAAGCGAGUACAAGUUGCUUCAACACCAGCUGCCGGCCCUUCCGGCUAUGUCUCCCCCAGCUCGUCAAGCCAUGCAGCACCUCUUUUGCCUGUAGCCGAAUCUUCCUCCAGGGUGGUACCUGGUACUCGCGAAGCUACGGAUGAGGGCAGUGACCCAAGGCCGACAAAGAGGGCUCGUUCUGACGCGCCUUCGGCCAAGGAGAAAGGCAAGCAGAGAGCCUCUGACGACGCGCCUACCGCGGGCGCCAGCCACACCUUUCGUUCCUCUUCCCUCCCCUCUCCCCCCCAUGCUGCCCCCUCGGGUGGCCAGGCUUCAGGCGAAUGGCUAGCGCGACGAGGUACGUCUGUGUCAAGGCACGAACAUCUUCGAGCCGAGAAUCAAGUGAGUCCAGCCGAGACACAAGAUGCACGAGCUCCCGCCGCUCCUGCUCCUGCUCCCGCCGCUCCUGCUCCUGCUCCCGCCGCUCCUGCUCCUGCUCCUGCUCCUGCUCCUGCUCCUGCUCCUGCUCCUGCUCCUGCUCCUGCUCCUGCUCCUGCUCCUGCUCCUGCUCCUGCUCCCGCUCCUGCUCCUACUCCCACCCCUAUUCCUACUCCCACCCCUAUUCCUCCCACCACGCCGGCUCCAGCUCCAGCUCCUGCCCCCGCUGGCCAAUCAACACUGCCGGCACCGCUUGGGACACUGCUUGAGGGUGAAUCGCUGGAGGAUCAUGGCUCCGUUGAUAUGAGUCUGAGUAGCGCAGGCAAAGGAGCCCCAGAAGAGACCUCGGGUGCGCAGACCGGGUAUCCUCAAAGGCCCGUUCAACAGCCAAGCGCCGCAAGUGCAGCAGACGUGCACAGGGAGCUAUCCGAGGCGAGGAGUCUCCUCACCCAAGUGAGGUCGAACAGGCCAGUUCACUCAACCACGCCUGGUGAGGUUGCAGGAUCUUCUCGUACCCGCUUGACUGGCGCUGAAAGGGAGAGGAUUGUGAGCGACGCAACCGUGGCUGUGCAAAAUGCUGCUCAGGUUCUGGAGCGUGUGACUGGCCGCCAGGUACAACUUGAUUUGCCAACAAUCCGCCAGGCAGAAGCUCAGCCUCAGUCAAGUGCUGAAUCUCCGCUGGUGAGCACCAAGGCUCCGCAACCGUCUCCUGUGGCAGGGUCGAGUAGGCAGCAGGUUGAACAAUUACCACCCCAAAGGCCAAGAGAUAUGGAGGAGAUCGGCAAUCGAAUGUCCGACCUUGACCUGGCCAACCGCGCGCCUGUUCGAGCAGGGAGGCAGCCGGGAGGCAGCUCUUCGCCUCCGCAGGGUGCCUAG